ACUCCAUUUGUCUGAUGCAGAAUAAAAUCGUAUUGCUUUUCGUGGUCUACAUGCUUCUCAUGAAUUGCAUGCAUUGGGCUACUCGGCUGAAUACGGAAAGGAGGAAUAAACUGAUACCCGGGUAAAUUCCGGUCUGUGAAUCUGGUUCACACACAAGAAGACACAUUGACCAAGUAUUACAAACACGGUACCAGCACUGACAAAUGCAUACGUUCAAAACUGUCAAAAGAAUUAAGUAGUUGUGAAAAAAAACUUUGACAAUUAUGGAAUCUGGAGAAGACCUCGUCGAAAGUAACGGCGCAAUCGUAGAUACACAACAAGCCUCAUCAUCAUCGAAAUGGUUCACCACUUUGUUAGACUGGAGACCACACCCCCGCCUCCAAUCCGUCCUGAGUCGCGUCUUCCUCCCCCUCUUUACUUACGCGACACUCCAGCUCAUCAGCCUCAGCCUGGUGACGACGUCGCCCACAACUUAUCAUUCCACGUCGCCUGUGGUAAUCCUCCUCUUUCUGGGGCUGGGGAUGGGGGAGCUAUUUGACACGGUCAAGCUGCCACCCCUCCUAGGCAUGCUCGUCACAGGGUUACUUCUCCGCAACGUGGAUUUCUUCACGAGUGGUGGCGAGUGGUUGGGGUUAGAUGUCGAUGUCACACACAUUGCGCCACAAAUUUCGACGCUACUCAGACAAAUCGCUCUUGUCGUAAUUCUCAUUCGAGCUGGGUUAGGCCUUGACCCAGCCGCGCUACUCAGGCUGAAGGGAGUCGUGAUCAGACUCGCGUUUUGUCCGUGUUUAGCAGAGGCUGUGACUGUGGCGGUGGCCUCGCAUUUCGUUCUGGGUUUUCCGUGGUUGUGGGGAUUGAUUCUGGGUUUUGUCCUGGCUGCCGUCUCACCUGCGGUCGUCGUUCCGUGUCUUUUGUCCCUUCGUGAGCGUGGGUACGGGCUGGCCAAAGGGAUUCCAACCAUUGUUAUUGCAGCCUCCAGUGUGGACGAUAUAUUGGCCAUAUCUGCAUUUGGGCUUGUCCUGGGACUGAAUUUCGCAGCAUCUCCCAAUUUUUGGGAACUCAUUCUUCAAGGACCACUCGAACUGGGGGCAGGACUCGGAUUUGGCAUCUUUUGGGGAUCACUUUUAGGCUCAAUUUUCUCUAAUAAGGAUUCCCCUGGGGAGAAUUCUGCCCUCGUGACACGAACCCUGCUCACCUUAAGUGGUGGGAUAACUGCCCUCUUAGCAUUUCAAAAAUUCCACCUGCCCGGAUCAGGACCCUUAGGUUGUCUCGUGGCCACUUUUGUAGCAGCAAUCUUCUGGCGACGGAAAGGUGUGCUGGGCGACACUAGCAGCCUCAACCAAGUAUUCUCGCUUUUGUGGUAUGUUUUCCAACCCCUCCUAUUCGGACUGAUUGGGACAGAAAUUGAGCUCAGAAAGCUGGAACCUGCCGUCGCCAUGUUGGGCACCUUAGUUUUGCUUAUUGGUCUGAUCGUACGCGUGGGUGUGACUUAUCUCACCGUGGCCAAUGCAGAUCUCAAUGUGAAGGAGCGUCUCUUCGUGGCGCUGGCUUGGAUCCCAAAAGCGACCGUGCAGGCGGCCAUUGGUCCUCUUGCCCUCGACAUGGCGCGAUCCUCGCCAAAUCCUGACCCCGACCAAGAAGAACUUGGACUUAAAGUGUUGACCAUUGCGGUGCUCGUAAUCCUGCUCACAGCCCCCUUCGGGUCGAUGGCGAUCACUCUGUUGGGACCCAAACUCCUCACUUCCUCGGGGGACAAAGAGAACGCCGUCAGGAAGAAGAUGAUGGGGGAUGUCGAAUCCAAUGGUACAGAUGAUACCACAAAUAAUAAAAAUGGAGACGAGACAAAUGGUCAACACAAGAGAAACUCGUAAAUGUCAGAAAGUAAACGCUCGUAUUUUGUUGUCAUUUGUUUAUUUGUAUUUUAUACAAAGUUUUAGUGUCAUACUUUGUCUGAGUAAAUACAUAUUUUCCUACAAUUUUAUAAAUAAAUAACGAAAAGUAAACUAAAUUGAGUAAAAUUUCAUUCAUGAAACUAGUACACAUUUCAUUUUGCAGAAUUUUAUCACGGAGUUGAGUUUCAUGCUACAUGCUUUUUUCAGGGAAAGAUACAUUUAAACGAAUGUUGAUUUACAUAUUUGUUCAAACACUCGAAAAAUUUCUCCAGAAUUGUAAUUUGAAGCAAACAAUUUAAUCAAAUUAAGUUUUAAUUAAAGAUUCACUCGACCGGAUGUCGACUUCUGCCUCCGCAAUGAUGGAGGGUGACCUUCUACUCGACCUGUUUCAAACAGAGUUUCGGAAAAUGCACACUGACCUCGUCGACAAAGAAGUUCGACUCUUUCACCACCUUUUUCAUCACUUAUUCGCCACGAGACUCGCCAAGUUGGAACAAUUCCUUUUGAGACAUUAUGAGGAAUUUGAAGUAUUCGAACCCGAUUAUACUCCAAUAAAUCCAGCCCAAGUUCCACCAAGUAGUCAUUCUUCACGACAACCACAAGAAACAUCUCAUGCGAUAAACCUACCUUCUACCUCCUUCGUUGACAUCAAGGAGGAGGAGGAGAUACACACGGAAUUUGACGAAAUGGAGGAAGAAGAAGCUGUUCCGUUCUGCACAUCAGCUUAUGAAAAUGAGAAUGACGGUAGCGACAUGAAGCCAGAUGACCAACAAAACGUCACCGACGACAUGGACAACAACUUUAUCUCAAUAAAUGACUCUGAUUCUGAGACUGAUUAUACUUCAAAUAACGACGAGUCACUUACUACUCAUGCCUCUAAAAAUAGUUCAAGAGGCAGUAACGCCUUUUCAUUCUCAAUCUCACCCCACCAAAAUGCCAAAGCAGGCCGGAAGAGAACCCCAAUCUGGGAAUGUUUCGAGACCACCUUCGCCCCCAAUGGCAAAUCAAAGAAUAAAGUCAUUUCCAACAAUUGUCGUUGGUGUGGUCAUUCAGUGUCAGCCAAAUCAUCCAGGUUGAAAAUGCAUCUUCUGAAAUGCAGUGAAAUGAAAAACUCGUCCCAUAAAAUGUCACGAGAAACAAAGCUACAACUGGAACAGUUCCGAGUUCAAAUGAAUCUAGAGGAAGAACGUCACAAUAUAUACAAGCAGGUCAUCAGUGGGAAAACCAAUUUACGGAGUAGACAAAUCCCCACUGUUCUACUGCCCCCUCCAACUCCUCCCACAACUGGUCAACAACGCAACCCCCACGCAUCCUACCUCAAUCCAGACAGCAUUAAUUCCUACCAAGGAAGAAACACGGCAACAUCAGAACCAACUGCCUCCUCAUCAAGUGGUCAUCAAUUUGGUCAAGAUGCACUGCAAAUCUCGAAAACUGAAGAUCCUCCCUUUCACAAUUACUCGUAGAAUUUCAUAUAAGAAUCUCUAUAAUGUAAAAUGUACAUACUCACUAGUGUCGCAGUUAUUUUGCAGAAUAAUAUUAACAGGAAUAUUAAUAUUAACGUAGUUGCUAAACUGAAUAUGA